UUUUGUUCUCGAACAGCAGAUGCCGCUCAUUGCAGCAGCCGCCACAACCAUAUUGACGAUUGUCGGUGCCACAGCCAUGGCAAGGAGUCCGGCCAGCUAUGGGAACAAUGUGGCAUCAUUGUAUGACAACCGAUGGCACCGCCACGGGGCAGGAGAGCGUCGCAGCCAUCAGGGUGCCGUGCUUAAUGGGCUCACAAAUCUAUCGGGCCUGGGGCACAUUAGCAACGGUUACGAUUCGGUGGCGCCCACCAAGCAGGAGACACCGAUUUACGAGGAGCACAACGAGGAUGCCGCCGUGGCGGCUGUGGCAGCCACGGCCCAUGACCAGCACCAGCACCAGCCCCAUUAUCUAGCUGGUGGGGGAGGUGGCGGAUUCCUGCCCGCGUUUGGGGGCUAUGGAUCAUGGGGAUUAUCAUCGCCGGAGGAGCAACAACCGUAUGCGUACGAGAAAAUUUCAAUGGGAAAUUUCCUGCCACAUUCCGGCUAUGAGGGGCAUCAGCAGGAGCAGGUCUAUCAGCGGCAGGAGCAGGCCUACCAGCAGCAGGAGGCGAACUACCAAAAGCAGGAGGCGAACUACCAGCAGCAGGAGGCGCACUACCAGCAGCGGCAGGAGGCGCACUACCAGCAGCAGCGACAGGGGGAGCAACAGCACUCCACCUACUUUAGCCCCCACGGAGAGACAUCCGCCUCUGGCUCGGCAACGAGCGGUUCGGCAGCCGAUGACUAUGAAGAGCAUCCGGGAGAUGGCCAGGAGCAGAGCUCCAACUACUUGGCCGAGUCGCCAAGCGGUCACAGCCAGCACUCGCAUCAUGUGGACAUCAUCAACUAUGUGCCCGUGAAGCAUGUGAAGCAGCAGCAUGUGCCGGUGGAGAAGCCCGUCAAGAUACCCAUUUCCCAUGCGGUGAUCAUACCCGUCCGCAGGCCCGUACCGAUACACAUACCGAUCACCAAGACCAUCCAAGUGCCCGUCGAGAAGGAGCUGAAGGUGCCGGUGGAGCGGGUGGUGGGUGUGCCGGUGGAGAAGCACAUACCCGUGCCCGUCGAGAAGCAUGUGCCGUACGAGGUGAUCAAGUACGUGCCCAUCAAGGUCCCCAAGCCGUUUCCCGUCAAGGUGCCCGUCUUCAAGACAGUCCUGCACAAGGUUAAGAGCUGGUGGUAGAGUCUCUCUCUCUCUCUCUCUCUCUCUCUCAUUUUGGAUUCAGCGCACACGUUUAUUUUGUUAUAAUUAUAAGCACAUUAUGCAGCCACCCCCUCGUCGCCCCCCUGCCUCGGCAAGCAACCAAAGCAAAGCGAACAUCGUUAUGCAGCUUUCAGCAGAGCAGAGCCGAGCAGAGCACUGCAAUUCGUUUUCCAUUUUCAAUGCCGUUUUGAGUUUUAAAAUUCAUUUAAUCCUCGGUGAUGCGUUGUACAACAAUUUUGUGACUCAUUUAACAUUACAACAAUUUGCAUUAAAAUACAAACACGAAACGAAACAGAAACAGAAACACACGCGAAGCAGGGGACUGGUGCGGGGGAGGGUCUCUUUUUUUAUGCUAAGGAUACCCUGUACAAGGGGUGCCUUGUGUUGAUUCAAGAGCAUGUAAAAGGCAGAUAAAUAGGUAGCUAUGCGAGCCUCGCAUACAAAGCGAAAAUAUACACGGCA